UCCACCGCGCGCCUCCGCGUCCCCGGCAGGGGAGGAUGCCAGACACCCGGGAGAGGCCGGGGCAGCGGCGGCGGCGGCGGCGGCGCGAUGGUGGUGACCGCGUCUGCCCGAGGCGGCGGCGGGGACCGCGCGCCCUCCCGGCGGCGGGGCUGCGGGCUGGCGCCGGCCGGGGCCGCGGUGCUGCUGGCCGGGGCGAGCUGCCUGUGCUACGGCCGCUCCCUGCAGGGCGAGUUCGUGCACGACGACGUGUGGGCGAUCGUGAACAACCCCGACGUGCGGCCCGGCGCCCCGCUCCGCUGGGGCAUCUUCACCAACGACUUCUGGGGCAAGGGCAUGGCCGAGAACACCAGCCACAAGUCCUACCGGCCGCUCUGCGUCCUCACCUUCAAGCUGAACAUAUUUUUGACCGGCAUGAACCCAUUCUACUUUCAUGCAGUAAAUGUAAUUUUACACUGCUUAGUGACUCUUGUUCUGAUGUACACCUGUGAUAAAACUGUCUUCAAGAAUCGUGGACUUGCUUUUGUUACGGCGUUGCUUUUUGCUGUGCAUCCUAUUCACACUGAGGCGGUGGCUGGGAUUGUCGGCAGAGCUGACGUGUUAGCGUGUCUGCUGUUUCUUUUGGCCUUUCUCUCCUACAAUAGGAGUCUGGACCAGGGCUGUGCUGGGGAAUGUUUCCCUCCCACGGCUUCUCCCUUCUUCCUGCUGCUCAGUUUGUUUCUGGGGACGUGUGCGAUGCUGGUGAAGGAGACGGGCAUCACGGUGUUUGGAGUGUGCUUGGUUUAUGACCUCUUUUCCCUGUCCCACAAGCAAGAUAAGUCGAGCAACGGGGUCGUCCAUCCGCGCAGCCCACAGCAGCCCGGGAGCCCCCAGCCCGCCUCUCUGCCGGCGCACCCUCAUCGCGACAGCGGGAAGCAGCAGCGGUUCCCUCACAAAGGAGCUUGGGGUGGCUGCCACUCCUCACUGCCACCAGAGCCCAAGAGCAGUGGAUUCCCGGUGUCCCCGCCAGCUGUGUGGUCCCUGAUGAGGUAUCUGACAGCAAGCAGCAAUAGAAAUUUCCUGCUUACCAUGAGACCAUUUUUAAAAAGGGCCGUUUUAGUCAUAAGUUAUGUGAUUGUUGUUUUGUACUUCCGCCUGUGGAUAAUGGGAGGAUCUAUGCCCCUCUUCUCAGAGCAGGAUAACCCAGCUUCAUUUUCGCCUUACCUUCUUACAAGAUUCCUUACCUACUCCUACCUCUUGGCCUUCAACGUGUGGCUUCUGCUUGCACCUGUCACCCUGUGCUACGACUGGCAGGUCGGCAGUAUUCCUCUGGUCGAGACCAUAUGGGACAUGCGGAACUUAGCCACCGUCCUCCUGGCAGUUGUGAUGGCCUUAUUGAGCCUGCACUGCUUAGCAGCCUUUAAGAGACUGGAGCACAAGGAGGUGUUAGUGGGCUUGUUGUUCCUGGUGUUCCCGUUCAUCCCAGCCAGCAACCUCUUCUUCAGGGUGGGCUUUGUGGUGGCGGAGAGAGUCCUUUACAUGCCUAGCAUGGGCUACUGCAUCCUUUUUGUGCAUGGAUUGAGCAAGCUCUGCACAUGGCUAAAUCGAUGUGGAGCCACCACCCUGCUUGUGUCCACUGUGCUGCUGCUGUUGCUUUUCUCUUGGAAAACUGUGAAACAGAAUGAAAUUUGGCUGUCAAGAGAGUCCCUGUUCAGGUCUGGAGUUCAAACUCUGCCCCACAAUGCCAAGGUUCACUACAACUAUGCCAAUUUUCUGAAGGACCAAGGCCGGAACAAGGAAGCGAUCUACCACUACAGAACGGCCCUCAAGUUGUAUCCACGCCAUGCAAGUGCCCUAAACAACCUUGGGACGCUGACGAGAGACACAGCGGAGGCGAAGAUGUACUAUCAGAGGGCUCUCCAGCUACACCCACAGCACAACCGGGCUCUUUUUAAUCUGGGCAAUCUCCUUAAGUCCCAGGAGAAAAAAGAAGAAGCUAUCACCUUACUGAAGGAUUCCAUCAAAUAUGGUCCAGAGUUUGCAGAUGCAUAUUCAAGCUUAGCUUCGUUAUUGGCUGAGCAGGGGAGAUUUAAGGAAGCUGAAGAAAUAUACCAAGCUGGAAUAAAGAACUGUCCAGACAGCUCAGAUUUACACAACAACUAUGGGGUUUUCUUAGUUGAUUCUGGCUUUCCAGAGAAGGCAGUGGCCCAUUACCAACAGGCCAUCAAACUUAGCCCCAGUCAUCACGUGGCCAUGGUGAACUUGGGGAGACUCUACAGGUCACUGGGAGAGAACAGCAUGGCUGAAGAAUGGUACAAACGCGCCCUGCAGGUGGCACACAAAGCUGAAAUCUUGUCACCUUUGGGAGCACUAUAUUACAACACUGGCCGUUACGAAGAGGCUUUGCAGAUUUACCGGGAAGCUGCAGCGCUUGAGCCUUCUCAAAGGGAGCUCCGCCUGGCACUGGCUCAGGUUUUGGCUGUGAUGGGUCAGAUGAAAGAAGCUGAAAAGAUGACCAACCACAUUGUGUCAGAGGACACGGGAUGCCUCGAAUGCUACCGCCUCUUGUCAGCAAUCUAUAGCAAGCAGGAGUCCCACGACAAGGCACUCGAUGCUAUAGACAAGGCUCUCCAGCUGAAACCAAAGGACCCAAAAGUCACAUCUGAACUUUUUUUCACAAAAGGAAACCAACUAAGAGAGCGGAACCUUCUUGACAAAGCUUUUGAGAGCUAUAAAGCAGCCAUAGAACUAAAUCCAGAUCAAGCACAGGCCUGGAUGAACAUGGGUGGCAUCCAACACAUCAAGGGAAACUAUGUGUCUGCAAGAGCUUAUUAUGAGAAAGCCUUACAGCUGGUUCCAGACAGCAAACUGCUGAAGGAAAAUCUUGCCAAAUUGGAUCGCCUAGAAAAACGAUUGCAAGAAGUUCGAGAAAAGGAUCAGACGUAGCACCAGUUGACCCAGUCUCUUGGGAUAACGCGGGCGCCUCUGAGAGAGGAAGAAGUGACGGAGGCCUUGCUUGGACAUCAGCAGGGCCACAACCAAGGAAGCUUUCUUCUCAUUCUGAGUUCAGGGUCGCAUAUUUCCGGACAUCUGCUGGUAAUCCAGUGCUGAAGGACUUUCUGUGAAAGAAGACAAAAAGAUGCAAGCAUGGGCAAGAAGGUCUGAGAGGGAAGGAAAACAACCACACAUUUUACAGAUUUUUGUUUGGUUUCACUUCAGAUUUCCCUUGACGUUUUGCAACUUGGAGAUCUAAUUCCGUUUCUUUGUUUAGACUUUUAUGUCCCAGAUAUAGAGAAGCUUAAAACGCCAGGAGGGCAGAGCUUCUAUUCUCUAUGGGAUGAGAUAUUUCAAAAGAGGAUAAAUCCUCUGGUGUGAGCCAUAUGGAAAAUUCUUCCAAGAAUUGGCUCAUUUAAUUCUCCAGAACCAGAAACGUGUAUCUAAUAGCUUUUGUAGAAUCUUCCAGAAUAUGUGAGGAAAGGGGCCUAUUGUUAAAUAGCUUUGUCUUAUAUCCUUCUAAGGAUAUUACUAGAGCCCUUUCGAGAAAUAAAUUCCACUCUGAUGCAGUUUUUCCCAUUGCCUAAUAUAUCAAAAGGGAAGCUUCUGGCAUUAUAUAUGGAUAUCUUUAUCCCUACGGGAAAAUCAAGGAACUUGGUACCCCUAAUUCUUUAUGGAAAUGUUUAAAAUUAUUUUACUUUUAUUAUAAGUAUUACUGGAGUAGUGAUUCUACUCAAAAGAUUUCAAAAGUGCAUUUAAAAUCAUAAAUGUUUCUGCCUCCAAAUAUAUUGUUAUUUUGGUGGAGAAAAAAAUAUAGUAUAUUCUACAUAAAAAAAUAUUAAAGAUAUUAACUGAGAGAAAUGUCCUACUUUAUUAUCUUAAUGUUGACAUCAUGAGAUUUAUUUUUUUGAAAAAUAUAUUUAACAGUGAGGAACCUUUACAGUAUAUCCCAAAAAUCUUCAUAGACUCUAACUAGAAGGAAAGAGACUUCUAUUUAUUGGUCUUUCUGUACUUAAAGAAAACUUUGGGCUUAGAACACGAGUGAUUGAAACCCGGAGUUCUUUGCAUUGGGGAAUGUCAAGGAGAAUGCUCUAAAAAUUUAGGAAAAAAGUCUAAACUCAUAAGUUUAAAAACAUAUAUUUAUAUUUAAAAGAUAGGGAAGGCAAAGUUGAACUCAGAAUUUGACAUUUAUUUUUAGUACAUUAUUUAUUUCAUAACUUAUAAAAUAUUUAAUAUAUAUACACGCUUCUUUUUCUGUCUGUACACAGUGGUUUUAAUAGCAGCUUUCAAAACUGAUCUUUUAAAAAUAUAAAUCUAAAUUACAAAAUAGUUAAGUUUUAACAGUCUUUCCAAAAAUUAAAGAAAUUUGGGAUCAGCCGUCAGUGUUCGGAUAGUAAUAUAUUUUGGAAGUGGAGAAAUAGGAACACCUGAUUCUAAUUUGGUUCCCAUCAUAAACACAAAACCCCUCCAGGCAGUGCUGCUCAGCGCUGAGCCCACAGGGUAUCACAGAGUUGGAGUAGCCUGAAGGCAUACAUAUUUCACAUGCUCAGGCCAGGGCAAGGUAAAAUUAGCUUUCUGCUUCUUUCAGCCCAGAAUCAGGAAGCACUACCCCUAUAUGUUGUUGUUAUUUUUUGGUCAAGUCUAAACAGAAGAAAAAACUUUGGAAAGGGAUGGUGUAAGAAUAUUUAAAUGCAGACGGAUUACAGAAUUAGCAUGCAUCUGUGUGCAACAGUAAUGCAAUAACCUAUACUACCACUGUGACCUUUGUUUCUAACAGUUUGCAGUGUUAUAUAUAUCAUAAAUGUACCCCAAAAUCUUAGUUAAGAUAUUUUCUUCCCUUCCCCCAAAAUUAUAGUCCUAAAACCAAGAAAUAACACUACAGUGUUUAUUGUAAAAUAACCACCCCACCCUCAAAUUGAAAAACAGGAAACCCUA